GUAAGACUUAAGACAGUCCUCCUAUCCAAACAAACUCCUAAAGUCUUUCACUUUCUCUCAUACCUAGUUUUUCUUCUUCCUCUCUCAAAAUCCAAGCCCUAGUAUUAGCAAUAUUUCCACACUAACAGAGACAGUUAUAUUAGUACUUGAAAACAUUCUCCAAAAAUGGUAACAAAGCAACAGAAAACAUCAUUAUAGCAUAACAGCAACCUCAAUUUAGCAACAAAAAAUGACAGUUGAAGACCACAGCAACGAAUGGCCACCAAUGGCUUCACCACUUGACCUCCACAGAGAUGAACAUUGGACUAACUUUGACAGCUCAGUCAAUGCUGUUUCCUUUGGCUUUGUAGCUACUGCUAUUCUCAUUUCCAUGUUCUUAGUCAUGGCUAUUUUUGAGAGAUUUCUUAGACCCAUUUCUCCACCUAUGUCGCCGCCUGGUCGCCGGAGUCAGCGUGAUGUUGAGUCUCAGAUGAGUUCAUAUGGCAAGCUCUCUCACCCAUCACCAAAAAUGACUGUAUAUUCGACUGAGGUUUCAGUUUUGAUGCCUGGAGAUGUAAUUCCUACAUUCAUUGCCCACCCUGCUCCGUGCUGUCCGGAGCGGAUUGUGUGGCCUUCUCAUCAGCAUAACACGUUACCUUGUUCCACUUCCAACACUAGGCCGAAUAUCAAUGAAGUAUGAGAGGUCUGAAUUAAUGUGACAGUUUCCCAUAUUGCAUCAAAGGGGUUGAUAUGCAUUUUCUGUGAAGAAUAUAUUGUUCUUUCGGGUUUUCCUUUCGUCCAUUUUUACCUGGAGGAGUUCUCUUUAUAGUUUUCUUACAUGUAAUAUAGGAUUUAGUUUAGGUUUCUCAAUUGAAAAUCCUUUGAAGUACAAUAUCAAUUUAUGCCUAAACUUGAUUUCUUAACUUUGAUGAUGCUUUGGAGGCAUUUCCUUAAUGAUGUAAAUCUCAGUUAUCAAUAGAUAUAUAGUGUCCAUCAGCUGGAUAAACCUUGUACGAAUCUCCUCUAACACACUAUAUAUUAUUGUCAGGAAGGCAUCCCCAUGUAUUUUACACUCACUUUGGUUCUUGUUAA